AAGUGAGGAGGAAGAGAGAGAAGGCAAAGAGGGCGAAAAAAGAAGCGGCACUCGGGUUUGCCAGCGGUCGCGCGCACUCUUCCAACAUUGAUUCCGUCCUCUUGUUUUGCUUUUUUUUUUUUUUUCCAAACCUCCUUCUCUGUGCUUACUCCCCUGUCCAGCUCUCUCUCUUCGAUUCGACUGAACUCUACCCGCUUUGCCAAGAGUUGCUUAUUUUUUAUUUAUUUAUUUAUUUUUACCCCGUCAAGAUAUUUUUCAACAUUUUCGACAAUUUGAUCCACUUGAUGCACUUAUUUAGUUGCAUUUAUCCUGGUAGCCUUUUUUUGACAGAAGUUCCUGAACUUCUUUACAUUCUCCUUCUGCUGUGCUCUUGAACAACAACUCUCCUGCUCCUGCUACACUACCUCCUGUGUUCCUUUGCUGGUAUUACACCUUGCCCCUCGCCUUAUUUUUUUUAACUUCUGGCUGCUUUCACUGGACAGUUCGAUUUUUCAAAAUAUUUGCCCAUUUCUCCAGUGCAGAUUGACAAAACCUUUUUUUUUUGCAAUCUGCCGGGUCAAUUUAUGAUGAAAGAGAAAAAUGGAUGAAUUCCACCCCUUCAUCGAGGCCCUGCUGCCCCACGUCCGCGCCUUCGCCUACACCUGGUUCAACCUGCAGGCCCGCAAGCGCAAGUACUUCAAGAAGCACGAGAAGCGCAUGUCCAAAGAGGAAGAGCGCGCCGUGAAGGACGAGCUGCUGGGGGAGAAGCCCGAGAUCAAACAGAAGUGGGCCUCGCGCCUGCUGGCCAAGCUCCGCAAGGACAUCCGGCCCGAGUUCCGUGAGGACUUUGUGCUCACCAUCACGGGGAAGAAGCCCCCCUGCUGCGUGCUGUCCAACCCCGACCAGAAGGGCAAGAUCCGUCGCAUCGACUGCCUGCGCCAGGCCGACAAGGUGUGGCGGCUGGACCUGGUCAUGGUCAUCCUGUUCAAAGGCAGCCCCCUGGAGAGCACGGACGGGGAGCGCCUGGUCAAGUCGCCGCAGUGCACCAACCCGGGCCUGUGCGUCCAGCCGCACCACAUCGGGGUCUCCGUCAAGGAGCUGGACCUCUACCUGGCCUACUUCGUCCACACGCCAGAAUCCGGACAAUCAGACAGCUCUAGCCAACAGGGGGACACGGACAUUAAACCACCGCCCAAUGGACACCUGAGUUUCCAAGACUGCUUUGUCACCUCAGGGGUUUGGAACGUGGCUGAGCUCGUCAGAGUGUCACAGACUCCUGUUGCCACGGCGUCAGGUCCGAACUUCUCAUUGGCUGACCUGGACAGCAGUCCCAGCUACUACAACAUCAACCAGGUGGCCGUUGGGCGACGUUCCCUCACUUCCCCUCCCUCCACCAGGUCUGAGGUGGAACUGUACGCAAACCUUCCGCGGAGCUCCACCAAGAGGAAGUCGUUAGACGACAGUGAGAUGGAGAGCCCAACAGAUGAUGUUUUCUAUCCUGGACGCUCGCCCGCUGCCAGCUCAUCCCAAUCCAGCGCGUGGCCCAAUGACAUGGAUGCAGUGCAGCACCAUUUGGCCAGUGUGCAGGAGAGGAAGAUAAAACAUGAAAACGAAGGCGUGCAGUUUCCUUACCAUGGACUGUCCUCGCCUGGUUCACUUAAGAAGCCGGGGAAGUUUGAUUUCAACGCCCUGUCUUCCCAGAGGUCCCCUCGCAUGGCGUUCACACACCACCCGCUGCCCGUGCUGGCAGGAGUGAGACCAGGGAGCCCCCGUGCCUCAGCCUCAGCCCUGCACUUCCCCUCUUCCUCAAUCAUCCAGCAGUCCAGCCCUUAUUUCACCCACCCCACCAUACGCUACCACCACCACCAGGACCCGCUUAAGGAGUUUGUGCAGUUUGUGUGCACCGACGGCACAGGACAGCCGAGCGCACAGCCUAAUGGAGGUGGCCAGAGCAAAAUGCCGGGCUCCUUCCUGCUGCCCCCGCCACCCCCGGUGGCACGCCCCGUGCCCCUCCCCAUGCCCGACUCUAAAACCAUCAGCACGCCCACCGACGGUGGACUCAGCUCACCCGCAUCUCCGUCAUACUCCACGCCAGGCUCCACAGCUCCCAACCGGUUUGUCGGCAUCGGAACACGGGACAACUUUCUGAAUAUCCCCCAGCAGACUCAGUCCUGGUUCCUCUGACAUGGUCUCGACGAAUCAACAACUAAAAUGGUGUCAUGAAAAUUGGAAAAAAGAAAUGAUCAAGAGCAGACUGCUGACACUCAAAAAGGUUUCUCUCUGGCCCACAUUGUACAAAGUACAACUACAGAACCCCCACAUGGCCCCGCCCCACCCCAAGUGGCCACUCCCAUCUAAACCAAUUUGAACUGGAACGUUCGUAUCCACCCCCCACCCCCCAACCCGCCUUCAGAAAUGCAGGAGGGCUCCAUGAGAUGGAGUGGACAGACUCGCACCGCCAGGCGGAAGACGAGGAACUGUCGCACGCUCAUCAAGGAAAUGUUGGACAGGAAACACAAAUAUGGCAACCUGGAAAUUGACCAAUUUUUACAUUCUUUUUUUAUUUUUUAUUUUUUAAUCACUUUUAUUUUUGUUAUCAUUUUGUCUUCUCCACCACGAAACUCCACGCAUUGGCCUGUUAGGUUAAAACACAAAAUGGUAGUCACCUAAAUUGCGCUAACUGAUCUCAAAGAUCCUGGUGACGCCCACUUUGAUGACCACCACUAUCACUUAAGUUCAAGACCACCCACGCAGCCACAUCCCUGCGUGCCACCCCCACCCUCUCAUGCACCUCAUUCGCUCAGCCCUGAAGACCCAUUGAUUUGCGAUUGGCCAAUCCCGCGUGACGCCAUCAGAUGGUGUGACAUUAUAUGCACUAAGUGGCUGGUCUUUGUUGUUUACCUGUCCAAGUAUCAGGGCAACUAUUUCUUUUUUUUUUUCCGCGGGGCGGGGGGGAGGGGGAGAAUAAGCGUUAGCCAGUUGCAAGCGUUUAAAAACACUAAAGGCUACAUGUGCUCUUUCAUCCCAUCACCUAUGCACUAUUAAUUCUCAUUCGGGAUGAACAGAAUUGCACAUGCACGGCCACAAGGGCGAUGAGGGAGGGCCAAGGAGGCUUGACAGAUAUGUGGCUGUGCAUCCAAGUCUAAUUUACCCCCUCAAGUGCAACGCACACAUACGCACACACGCACGCACACACACACACACACACACACACACACACACACACACACACAUACAUUUGCAACCAUCUUACCUUAAAUAGUCUGUCACACAGCCACUCAUUAUUUUUUUUAUCAGAAAUAGGGAUGGGCACAAUAAAUAGAUUAAUCGUGUCUUGUGAGGCAAAAUGGAGUGAUCUACUGUACUUGCCUGGCUGACAACUACAGUGAACAACCACCACUAUCACCAGAGAGGAUAUGUUCCAGACCCAUCCACAACAUAUAGAAAGAGCAUUUGAAAAAGUAAAAAAAAAAAUUAAAAAAGGUUUCCCCUCUCCACCUCACUUUGAACUCAUUUAAACUUUAAAACCCCUUAAAAGUGUUAAAACACACAAUUAUUCUUGAAUAAUGUCUGUUCUCGCUGGCGCAGUUCUGCGAUCAAGGCAAGGCAGCUUUAUUUAUACAUUGCAUUUCAGUACCGAAGAUAACUAAAUGUGCUUCACAUAAUUAGUACAACGUUUAAAAGCAAUUACGGACUAAAGAGUGAACGACAUUUGCAUCAUAGCUUAUGAAAAUUAUUAAAAGACCGUCCGUCCAGUGCAAGAACAAGAUUUUGGAAAAAAUAAAAAUACUAAAUGACUAUUACUCAUACGUAGUUGGGGACCUUCUCUUCCUCUUCACUCUUAAUCACGCUGCAUUGCUUCCAAUCGUGCUCAAUGCUGCCCCAUAAGCCAUGGCACCGUGUGAUACUACAUUGAAGAUUGGUAAAACUAAAUCCAGAAUUGCCCGGGUCCUUAUAAAACGAUCACGGAGAAUGAAAGAUAUAGCAGGGAACACUGGAUUUUGCCAUCUAAAGAAGUACAACUCGUUGGAAACUGUCAUGGCAGGAUUUCAAUACAUCUAGGGAGACAUUCUCCUAUCUUAAAAAAUAUAGGGAAAAAACACAGCUCAAUUCAAGGAAACGUAGUCAAAUGCCCAUCCCUGUUCUCAAUUUUUUUUAUUUUACCAGAAAAACAUGCACACGCACACACACACACACUGCAUAAGCUUCAUAUUAUUAGCUUUCAUUUAGCUUUUAGGGCUUUUUUUUUCUUGUGAUCUCAUCUAUUAUUGGUAUUUUUUUCUUUUGGUUUUCUUCCACUUGGAUUGUUUUGCAUGUCAUAACACUUUUGGCCACAGUAACUGUAUAGCAUGCUUCGGACCAGGCCCGGACUUCAGUGAGUAGAUGUCAGCUAGACAGCUUCUCAAAAUCUCUCGCGCGCAAGGACAGCACGGUAACACCAGCUCAUCACACACAAUCCCCUGCGUUGCUUCACCCGAUAGUCCACUCAAAGGAACACACGCACACAUACACACACACGUGCGCGCACGCACGCACACACACACACUAACAUGUGUCAUAGAAUGAUAUUUGGUUCUCCAAAAUGCCUCUGUUAAUAGUUUUUCAUUCAUUUGAGAUUUGUCCAAAUUGACAUUUGUUACAUGUAAACUGUUCACAUCAAGCAUUUGCAUCAUGACACAACCCAAUAUCAAAAGCCGCUAUCAAAAAAUAACUGGACUGCCUUGCUGUAGGUUCUGUUUUGCAGGGAUAGUAAAGACCGAGAUUCGGGUCUCGGCCUCUCGUGUAACACGUAUGUGCUAAAACAUAUAACAAAACUAUUAACAGUAAUAUGAAAGUGCCUCUGUAUUCACUUCAUGCAAUUAGUCUUACACUUCAGGUUGUUUUUCUGGCAUGUUAGCUAAUGCUCAAAGCUAAAAACAAUGGCCUCGGUCAGGGUUUCCCAAUUCAGCACAAGCCAUCACGUAAUAAAUUUUGAGCUGGUACUGUCAAGUAUUUUUAGAACAGAUUAUUCCAUCGAUUCAUCAAAUAAUGGGAUACAAUUUUACUUUGCGUAGAAGUGAAUGACCAAGUCAUGAUUGCAGUUUACAAACUAAUUAUUGUUGUUCAUUUGGUGUUAUAAACAACUAAACAAUAUCACACGAGGGAUUAAUGUUGGGUUCACCAAAGUUUUUCAAAUUAAUUCCGUAACUGGUUUGGUCAUUGCAUUGCAUUGGUCAAGGCAAAAAUAGAUGUCGAUGAAUUUUAACACCACAAAUUGCAUUAAGUUGAUAUAAUUUAUGAUAACAAAUAACAUAUAUAUUUUUAAUGUUUUAUUCUUUUAUUCUGAUGAUCUUACCGAAAAAAAUUUUGCUUUUUUUGUUUUGUUUUUUAAUGUGCCACCCCACAAUUUGGGAAACCCUGACCUGGAAACAUCUUUAUAAAGGACGCUAAACAUGCUUUUUAUAAAGACAUACAGAGAGAGAGAGAGAUCUUAUACAGUACAUAUAUAUUUAUGAUAUAAGUAUGCUCCUUUUGAACUUUUUGCUCCACAAGCUAGUGGGCAGUCUAGUUAUUUUCUGAAGCUUUCCCAGAAUACCCUUCGGGUGACAUCACCUGACUUUCCCUUUGCAGUCCCAGCCCCAAACGACACCACACACAUGUGCAGCAGCGCAGCAUUCUAAUACCUUAGAUAAACAUGUCAACAAAUUUUGACUGUAGGAUUGAAGAAGAAAAAAAAUGUUUUGUUUUUUGAUGGAAAGUAUUAUUAUUGAGAAAUAUGUGUCGAUUGAGCCACGUGCAAUGCAUUGGGUAGAUCAUUGUGUUUGUCUGUUAGAGAUUUUUAAGAAAGCUACGAGAAAAGAGAAAAAAAAAUGUAUUUGUCGCAAGUCCAUAAGCUCCGGGACUCUAAACUUAGAGGGCCAUGAUUAAGAAAAGAAAAAAAAAAUCCUAGUCUUUGUAAGUCGGGGGUAUUGUUUUUAUUUUCUUUGUCUCUUUUUUUUUAAUGUUUCUGUGUAAUCAUUUGUUUAUACAAAAAAAUAUGCGGGAGGGCUGAAGGAAAACAAAUCUACACAACUUCUUUAUCAUCAAGUGAAAACUGGUGCUCCUUAAACAUUAUUAAUUCUGUUCACAACUAUUAGAAACAAAUGGUCAUGAACAAAAAAAGCAUUAUUACUCCUCUUAUAUCUCUCUCUCGUACUGUUUGUAUUCUUCUUCUAUUGAGUGGAUGGGGGGUGGGUUCUGAUCCAUCAAUCAAAACUGACUGUCACGUAAAUAAAACCAGGCAACUUUUUUUUCUCACCCAAGCGCUGCCUAAAACUCACCAGCAGAAAACUCCAAACAUUGGCCAAAAUCCAAAAACAAAAGCUUGAUCCAGAGUCACGCUGACACCACGACACAAAGUAGAACGCGGCCAAACACCACGAGACCCGUUUUUACCAUUAGGCAGCAUUGUGAGCAUCUCUCCUGUUGUCCCCCCAUUCUUAGUAUCGCCACCGCCCCCCUCGCCGCCUCCACCCGCCUCUGUAAAUGACUCUUCUAGUGCUUGUGCUGUAGUGUAUAGUUUUCCAGCAGUUAAAGGUUGUCCUUUGAAAGUGCCUUUUGUUCACAGACUCCAUUUUGUAAUCCAGUUUUUGUUUUGUUUGUUUCGCUGGCUAUUCCCUGAGUGCCGCGCUCGAGCACAACGUUUCAAAUGAAUCAUUAUCGUUCCUCCCUUCACUUCCUCAUAUCUAAAUGCUGAAAUCUGCAUACAGAUAUAAAAGGUGUCAAUUAGUUAUUUCACGAUAAAUGAUGACAAAAAAGAAAAGUGUCAUUGUUGGGCUGUUGCUUUUUUUUUUCCCCCUCCACCAACCGCCCCAACCCAACCCAACCCCUGUCUCCACUGUCUAUUUUCUCUUUGACACUCGAGUAGUAUGUAACUGUGUGUCCGUCACUCUCGCUCACUGGCUCGCUCUCUCCUGCUGAAGGGCGGGACCAAAAAAAAAAGAAAAAAAAUAUUACUGAGAAACUUUUUUUGUCUGAGCAGAAUGCAGUUAGCUCACAUGUUAUUCUUGUCUGUAUGCUUCACAUUGUAUCUCGCCAUACCCAUCACUUCUGCUUCUCCAUUCAACAGCUAAUGUACGUGAACAAAUGACGCUGACGGGCUUUUGGGGGUGUCCUUGGGUCGUUUUUUUUUUUUUUUUUAAGGAAUGGAUGAGUGGGUUCAAGGCUGUUUCUGGGAUGGAGGAAGCUGAAUGAACCGCUUCAGGAUGUUGGAACAGGGGCUGCUCGGACUAGGAUAACAGUUUGCUCUUUUGUUUUGGUUAUUUAUUGUUUGGCUUUGUUUUACUUCCCCCUUUUUGUUUCAUUAUAAUUUGGAUGAUUUUUUUGGGAUAUUUGCUUAUCAGGGUAUGCUGUGUUUAAAAGCUCUUUGAGGACAGAAAGCCUUGGACUUAAAAUGAAAGCUACAAGCACCUUAUUGCCGGACUUAUCCUGCAUGAGGUUGAAGGAAAGGGGGCGGGCUUGCAUUUUCACAACCAUAUUUCCACAAAGGAAUCUGUGCUAAGUAUUAUCGUUAAUGGCGAGUUUUACAUAGUAAAACUCUCAGCAGUAUUAACUACUUCAAACACACUGGCUGGCCGUACAAGAGGUCAUGACCUCUUGGGGGUGGGGGUGGGUUCCCUGUUUUUUUCUCCUUCUGCCUCACCUCAUGCUGGACAGCUCCAAGUCUGUGUUCUCUCCUUUAGUUUGUUUUCUUAAGCGUGUAUCGUUACAAGGCAGCAGCCUCCUUGCCCCCUUGGCCCCACUCCUUUUAGUCCCAGCUCCUCUGCGCCUCUGUCUACGCACCAUUUCUUUGUGAGAACACCCCCAGAGCUCUAGGUGAAAUGCAUGUGUUAAUUACAGUUUCUUUUCCAUAAGAAGAAAAACGCAGUUUGAGAAGAGCAGCACCUGAUUGAAUAAAAAGGAUGUUCUUGACUGUA